CGAUCAACGGUCAGUCGUCCGGCACUACCGGUCAGCGAACACAACCGAUACACUACAUCGUUUUCCAGCGUUCGACGCAUCUGUCCGAUCAAACACGCAACAUGAAGGGUCUAAUGUACGCGGUAUGCGCGCUCGGCGUGUGCGCGUGCGCGUUCGCCACCGCUGAUGUCAAGAAGGAGGACAAGACCGAGGCGGACGCCAAGGUCAGCAAGGUCCAGAACAAGAGGAGUCUGUUCGAGCUGGGCUACGGCGGUUACUCGCACGCCCUGUCCGCCGGCCACGGUUACGGUUACGGUUACGGCGCAGAGGCUGCCGCCGGUUACGGUUACGGUUACCACGGUCACGGUCAGCUGCUGUCCAAGACCGUCGUCAAGGAGGUGGCGCACCCGUACCCGGUGCCCGUCGAGAAGCACGUGCCGUACCCGGUGAACGUGGCCGUGCCCGUGGACAGGCCGUACCCCGUGCCCGUAGCCCGACCGUACCCGGUGCACGUGGAGAAGCCGGUGCCGUACGCGGUCAAGGUGGCCGUGCCGCAGCCGUACCCGGUGUACAAGGAGGUGCCGUACCCGGUCAAGGUGCCCGUGGACAGGCCGUACCCGGUGCACGUUCCCAAACCGUACCCAGUGUACGUCGAGAAGCACGUCCCGUACCCGGUCGAGAAGCAAGUCCCGUACCCGGUCAGCGUGCCCGUUGACAGACCGUACCCGGUGCACGUACCCGUCGAGAAGCACGUCCCGUACCCGGUUGAAAAGCCGGUGCCGUACGCCGUCCACGUACCGGUCGACCGCCCGUACCCGGUGGCCGUCGAGAAGCACGUGCCGUACCCGGUCGACAAGCCGGUGCCGUACGCGGUCGAGAAGCCCGUCCCGUACCCGGUUAAGGUUCCGGUCAAGGUCGAGGUGCCGGUGCCGUACGAGGUGCACAGCCAUCACGACGAGUACGAUCACGGCCCCAGCUCGUACAGCAGCAGCAGCAGCGGCUCGUACGGUAACUCGUACGGCCCGUCGCACAGUACCUCGGUCUCCGGGGACGCGCUAAGUAUCACGGUGGCCGAACGGAGGGGAUCGAGAACCCGGUUCGCGCGGCGGCGCCGGUUCGCUACAAAACGGCGAGUCGUCGGACACCGGACACCAUUAACGUUCGGUCAGCUGCCCGCAGAUCACCACCGACAUAACACCACCGCCGCCACCACCAGAAGCACCAUGAAGUCGACACUGUUCGCCGUGUGCGCGUUCGCGUUAUGCGCGCACUGCCUGGCCGCCGAGCCCGCGGCCAAGAAGGCCGAGGACAAGAAGGCGCAGGGCAAGAGGAGCCUGUUCGACACCGGCUACGGUUACGGUUCCGGCGGCCUGUACGACUACGGUUACGGCUCCGGCGGCCUGCCGUCCGGCUACGGUUACGACGGCGGCUACGCGUACGGCGGCUCCGUCGGCCACCUGUCCGCGGCCGCGUACCACCACUACCAAGUGCCCACCAAGACCAUCACCAAGACCGUGGGCCUGCCGUACCCCGUCGAGGUGGCCAAACCGUACCCGUACCCCGUCAAGGUGGCCGUGCCCGUCGACAGGCCGUACGCCGUGGACGUGCCGCAGCCGUACCCCGUGCACGUAGCCAAACCGUACCCCGUGUCCGUGCCCGUGCCCCAUCCGUACCCCGUGGUCAAGGAGGUGCCGGUUCCGUACAAGGUGCACGUAGACCGCCCGUACCCGGUGCACGUGGAAAAACCGUACCCCGUGUACGUGGAGAAGCAAGUGCCGUACCCGGUGGAGAAGCAGGUGCCCGUGCCCGUCAAGGUUCCGGUCGACCGUCCGUACCCGGUGCACGUGCCCGUCGAGAAGAUCGUCCCGUACCCGGUCGAGAAGCCCGUCCACUACCCGGUCAAGGUGCCGGUCGACCGCCCGUACCCCGUGCCGGUCGAGAAGCAAGUGCUGUACCCGGUCGAGAGGCCGGUACCGUACCCCGUCGAAAAACACGUGCCGUACCCCGUCAAAGUGCCGUACAAGGUGCCCGUCGCCGUGCCGUACCCGGUCAAGGCGUACAAGCCCGACCACUACGAACACCACGACUACCAUCACGGAUCCGGCGGCUACUAAACACGACCACGACCGCCGCCGCCCUCAGCUAGUCACCAACCCCCGCGCGUCCAAAGUGCAUACCAGUAAAACGUUACGAUUCCGAUAAUCUUUUUCCACGCUCGGCGUGCAAAACGCAAACGCGAAUCACUCAAAAACUAUUUUACACGUAAAUCAGUAGUUCGUUUUAAACUAUGUUUAAUCAAAAAAAAAAAAAAAAAAAAAAACUGGAUGAUAAUAGCUUUCCG